GGCAACCCUAGGCCUCUGUUGUGUUUUUGUUUUUGUGUUUUUAUUUUUUUUUGUUUUAUUGACGAGGAGCUGAUAAGCUUAAGGUUUUUUAUACACAAUACUAAGGAUAUAUAAAUAGAACCGCUUCGCAGCUGGGUGGACAAACAUGAUUAGCCCAUCGAGAGCUUAAAAAGAGCGCGACUGCUGUCCAAGUCAAGGCGAUUCGGAGCGAUUCCACUGGCACCUUUUGUUUUUCUUUCUUUUUCGCACCUCGGAAGAGCGUUGCCAAAAUCGCCGCCGUCGUUAUUAUGUAAAAAGAGUCGCACACGGAAUCGGAAGCAUAUUCUCGGACACAAAGGCACAAGGCAUUGCGUCCGCAAUCCUCGGGAAAGUUCGAAGCACCCCGACCACAUCACGCGACCGUGUGAAAGUCUCUCCCGCCAUAUUCCAACUGUGCUGCCAUGGCCGCUGCAACGGGCUCACCAAGCUCCCACACCGAGGAAUCUUCGCCAGCAAGCGUAGGUGGUUCCAGCUCCGGGACUAGCGGCACAGCCUCCUCCACUACCAGCGGACGCAACCAACUGCGGCCUGUGAAGUAUGACUAUGCGGACUCCUUCGCCUGCACGUACAUCGUGUCUGUGGUGGCGGCCUCCAUCGCAGAGCUGGUCACGUAUCCCCUGGAUCUGACCAAGACGCGCCUGCAAAUCCAGGGCGAGGCGGCUGCCAUAGCCACGAUUAGUCCAACCCAAACCAUAACCAAGUCCAAUAUGCAAUACCGCGGCAUGAUGGCCACCGCCUUCGGGAUUGCGCGGGAGGAGGGCGCCCUGAAGCUGUGGCAGGGCGUGACGCCGGCGCUCUACCGACACGUCGUCUAUAGCGGUGUGAGGAUUUGCAGCUACGACAUGAUGCGGAAGGAGUUCACCCGCGAUGGAAGUCAGGCGCUGCCCGUGUGGAAGUCAGCCCUUUGCGGCGUCACCGCUGGAGCCGUCGCCCAGUGGCUUGCCUCGCCCGCUGACCUGGUCAAGGUCCAAGUCCAGAUGGAGGGCCGGCGGCGUCUGAUGGGCGAGCCGCCGCGAGUCCAUAGUGCCGGCCACGCCUUUCGGGAAAUUGUUCAGCGAGGCGGCGUGCGGGGCUUAUGGAAGGGCAGCAUUCCGAAUGUUCAGCGGGCGGCUCUAGUGAACCUCGGCGAUCUCACCACCUACGACACCAUCAAGCACCUCAUCAUGGACCGCCUGCAGAUGCCCGACUGCCACACCGUUCAUGUACUGGCCUCCGUGUGUGCUGGCUUCGUGGCGGCCAUCAUGGGCACGCCGGCGGAUGUGGUGAAGACCCGCAUCAUGAACCAGCCCACCGACGACAAGGGCCGGGGUGUUUUGUACCGCGGAUCCGUCGACUGCCUGCGGCAGACCGUGGCCAAGGAGGGCUUCGCGGCUCUCUACAAGGGAUUCUUGCCGUGCUGGAUCCGAAUGGCGCCAUGGUCGCUCACGUUUUGGCUGUCCUUCGAGCAGAUCCGCAAGAUGAUCGGAGCCUCUGGCUACUAGAUCCGUAACAGUUAAGGUGUAGAUGUACAUACCGGAAGAAAUGUAUAAAGCGGCUCACUAGUGCGUUCCUAAUCCUUCCCCGGCCACCAGGUCGGUGCUAGCACGACGGCACACUCAGCCGAUCCCAUAUCCCCGGUUCCAUAACCUACCCGUGCCUGAAACUUAAGUCCCUGGCUUGGCAGUUCGUUUCUUUCCAGUUCAUUUGGCUUACCUUGCAUCCUACUCUUUUGUUAUUGUUGUUGCCUUAAGUGAAUGGAAUAAUACACAAUAAAGCGAUAAAUUGUUA